AUGGCCUGUUGCAAGCAGCGCUGGCGGAGGAUGCUGUCACUGCUGCGGUCCAUGCCUUGGAGGCAGGUGGAGCCCAACGUGGUCAGCUUUGGUACUGCGCUCAACGUCUGCGAGAAGGGCCUCUCCUGGCCCUCGUCGAUGGAACUGCUGGGUGCAGCACGCAGCCGGGGCGUCCCGCCCACAACGGUGACCGUCAACGCGGCCAUCUCUGUUUGUGGCAAGUUCCGCACAUGGGAGGCCUCGUCGGAGCUGCUCCGAAGCCUGCGGCGCUCGCGGGAUGAGGCUACGGCCACGGCCGUGUCGAUGGGAGCAGCCAUUGGAUCCUUGCGCGUGCCAGGUGGCUGGCCGCGUGCACUGAAGCUUCUUGAAGGCCUUCGAGCCGCCGCCCUGAGGCCGAUGACGAGCACUGUGAACAGCGCAGUGGCGGCGGGAGGCCCCGCUGGCUGGCGCUGGGCCCUUCAGCUUCUGGGCCUCCGUGGCCAGAGCAAAGACAAUCUGGGCAUGGCGGCUGCAGCGACAGCAAUCGCCGCGGAUCUGAAGCCGGUCUGCGACGUUGCGGAGGAGGAAGGUGCGGUCGCGGCUUUGAAGUCUCUGGUCCUCGAGCUUGCGGGAAGUGCAGAGGCUCCGGGUGUGAUCGCAGAUGCCAUGAAAGGCUUAGGGCGUGCUGGCCGAUGGCGGAUGGCCGUCGGUUUGCUGUUGGAGGUGGGCGAGGCAUCUUCCCGGUCGCGGACAAAGGUGGGCCGCACCUGGAGAGGAGCUGACCUCGCGGCGCUUCUCUGGAGCCAGGCGACCUACUCCACCGAGGCCUCUCAGCGGCCGGGCUCUUGGCUCCUCCCCAAGGAGCUGACUCCAGAGGAGGCCGUGCAGCACUGCAUUCCGAUCUGA